AUGGCCUUAAUGAGGCCAGAAGCAGAUGAUCGGCGAUGGAUUCGCAGCAUCGUUAAAGAUCUGGUGUCUGACUCCCCUCUAACUUACCUAUCUAUGGAUUUGCUACGUCUUUUAUUUUGGAACUGCCGGGGAGCCGGCAACAACAAUUUCAAGCGCAACCUCACUGAAAUUAUUAGAACCCACAAGCCUGAAAUUCUAGUUCUGUUGGAAACUAAGGUUUCUUUCAGUAAAAUGGGCAAUUUCUUCAAUCGAUUGGGCUUCACAGCCUCAACUAUUGUUGACCCUGUUGGUCGUGUGGGGGGGAUAUGGAUUGUAUGGGAUACAAGCCAAGUUACUGUGCGUGCGUCCUCUGCCACUUCUCAAGCCAUCCAUGCGACUAUCUAUAAAGCUGACUAUGAUGAAUGGGUCUUAGCUGCUGUGUUUGCUAGCCUUUCUCCUGUUAUGAGAGACCAACUCUGGGAUAAUCUAGAAGAUGUGGCUGGCACUAUGGGGAAGCCUUGGUUAGUCGCAGGGGACUUCAAUGAUUUUGCUUCUCAGGGAGAAAGAAGGAGCUUCACUUCCAGAAAUCCUAUUGUCCGAAAUCAGAAAUUCCUAGACAGAGUCAACAAUUGCAACUUAAUGGAUCUGGGGAGUUCUGGUCCUAGUAUGACAUGGACUAAUAACCGAAAAGGGCUUGCCAACACAAUGGAAUGCCUAGAUAGGGCUAUGUGCAAAUCGGAAUGGAGAACUAUGUUCCCGGAGGCCACUGUCCGAAUCCUCCCCAGAACAUACUCACACCGUUCCCCCCUUCUAGUUUACACUCAAGGUAUACAUCAACUCAACCCCCUUAAUAGGCCUUUUCGAUUUGAAGCUGCCUGGAUGACACACCCAGGUCUCAUUGAUGUUAUUAAUUCUUCGUGGGCUAGUAUGAACCAUAACCUCAUUGAUUCCACUACUGUCUUUACCUGUAAAGUUAAAGAAUGGAACAGAGAGGUCUUUGGUAAUAUUUUUAAAAAGAAAAGAUACCUUUUGGCCCGUAUUGAAGGCAUCCAAAAAUGUUUAGCUAACAAUUUUUCUCAUAGUCUCCUUAGUCUUGAGAAAGAACUCGUUAUUCAAUACAGUUCUACUCUGUAUCAAGAAGAAAUUUUGUGGUUCCAGAAAGCUAGAUCUAAACACAUUCUGCUAGGGGAUAGAAAUACUAGGUAUUUUCAUAUCUCCACUAUUGCUAAGCGAAGAAAAAAUAAAAUUAAUGCUCUUAAGGAUCAAUCUAGUAACUGGUUUACUGAUUCUGUUGGUAUUAAAGUUAUAUUUCUUGAUUAUUUUCAGAAUCUAUUUAGUUCUAGCCCUAUAAUUCAUCUGGAUCAUUGGAAUAAUAUUUCUCAUAAUCAUUUCACUCCUAAAGACAAUGCUAGAUUAACUCAACCUGUGUCUAACUCUGAGAUCUUGAGAGCUGUUAAAGAUAUAGGUGCCUUUAAAGCCCCUGGCAAAGAUGGCAUUCAGGCCAUUUUCCAUCACAAAUAUUGGCAUCUUGUGGCUCAACCUGUGUGUGACUCUGUGAAUAAUUGUUUCCUUUCUAAACAGAUCCCUAUUAUCAUUAAUGAGACUCUUAUUGUGCAUAUUCCUAAAGUUAACAAUCCCGAGUCCAUUAGACAAUUCAGACCCAUUAGUUUAUGUAAUGUCUCUUAUAAAAUCAUUACAAAAAUUAAAGUGGGUAGAAUCCGACCUCUUCUUGAUAAUCUGGUUAGUCCCAACCAAAGUAGCUUUAUCCUUGGUAAGAGUACCACUAAUAAUAUUAUCAUCACUUAG